AUGACGCUCCAGGACAAAACUGUUGCAUCAUCUCAGACGGCGAUGCUUUCUACCCCCCAACUUAUAUCUCCUGCGCUUGCCAGAGACUUACAAGACUACAGGAAGACUUCCCUGAAUCUACUCAUGGCAUUUCUAGCCCUUCAGUCGGUAUCAGGAUCUGGAGGUCUUGUAGUGGCUACCCUCACGCUGAUACUAUAUACUAUCAGCCUGCACAUCACUGCUAGCGCAGGUGUCUCUCAUGUAAGGCAUUUUAAGUCAUUCAUCCGCGCACAAGCACCUAAAACCAGAGCAGCUUGGAGCAGUGAUUUUGGGAAUUUUGCAUGCAAUCCCAGCGGUUGGAAUUCUCGCCGUAACUACCUUCGCAUGCGGUACAUGAGGGCAAUGAUAGACCAGCUCCAGGUGACCGUCCCUGGGGACCUCCCAUCAGAGGCGGACGUGGUCAGAGCUCCCUGA